AACAAUCCGAUUUCUCUAUGCCACAGACGCCAAAUGUCGCCAUCGAUCAAUGACAUUUUGUGUAGUUGAAUUUAUUGAUAUAAAGCGUUAAUGUAAAUAAUAAACAAUUCUAACAUAAACGUCGGCUUUCAGUCGAUAUGUAUGCCAAGGGCAAAGGCUCUACGGUACCUUCGGACGCUCAGGCACGCGAGAAGUUGGCCCUCUAUGUCUACGAAUACUUACUGCAUGUUGGGGCACAGAAAGCGGCGCAAACUUUCCUUUCGGAAAUCCGAUGGGAGAAGAAUAUAACGCUUGGAGAACCCCCUGGGUUCCUCCACUCGUGGUGGUGUGUGUUUUGGGAUCUUUACUGCGCCGCGCCAGAACGGCGGGACACAUGUGAGCACUCUUCAGAAGCGAAGGCAUUUCACGAUUAUGGUUUUGUCAAUUCUGGAUAUGGUGUUAACGGAAUCGGUCACAAUGCAGGCCCAGCGCCGCCGAACGAUGGAAUGGGUGGAGGUGGAAUGCCACCCGGUUUCUUCCCCAACUCCUCACUCCGGCCGUCACCACCAGCCCCACAUCCAGGCUCUCAGCCAUCACCCCACGGUCCACAGCCGCAGCUGAUGGGCUCCGGACAACCGUUUAUUGGACCAUGGUAUUCAGGCGGACCACGAUCAGCUGUACGAAUGGGAAUGGGCAAUGACUUUAAUGGACCACCAGGACAAGGUAUGAUGGGCAAUUCGUUGGAAAGGGGGGGUGCGGGAGGUGCUGGAAUGCUCGGCGGGCCUCGUAUGACACCUCCGCGACCUGGCAUGGGGCCGAUGAGUCCCGGGGCCUACGCUGCGGGUAUGAGAGGCCCACCGCCUCAGGGAGCGGGCAUGCCUCCAAUGGGAAUGGGGCCGCGGGGCGCAUGGGCGGGCGGUAGUGGAUCAGCCGGGGGCUCAGCCCCCCUUAAUUACAGCGGCGGUUCGCCGGGGGCGUACGGGGCGCCGCCGGGGUCAAAUGGACCCCCGGGGCCCCCGACACCCAUAAUGCCCAGCCCACAGGAUUCAUCGAACUCAGGAUUAGGUGGUGUUGAUGGUAUGAAGUCGUCUCCGGGUGGCGUCGGUGGAGGAGGGCCGGGAACUCCCCGCGAGGACUCGGCCUCGGGAAUGGGGGAUUACAACUUAAGUUUCGGUGGGCCCGGCGGGGAUCAAAGUGACCAGACGGAAUCGGCCGCCAUUUUGAAAAUUAAAGAGAGCAUGCAAGAGGAGGCGAAGCGAUUCGAAAAGGACCCAGAUCACCCAGACUACUUUAUGCAGUGAGCGGGGUUCGACGUAACAUACCGGAAUUAUACAUUGACUCGUAAUGGCGCCAACUGUCAACUGUCAGAUGUCGGUGACGUGAAGUCUCGUUUCAAUGUGUGCGUCACGUUAGCGUAGAGUUAUUUUUGAAUAUCGAAUUGAAAUUACGCGGCUCUAAGUAAAGUUUUCGAAAUUUGAAUUUGGCGCCAUUUCAAGCGAGUCCGAUCUCAGAAAUGGGAGACCGGUAUGUUGGCAACCCCGCGCGAUCCGAUUGGCGCGUUUAUUAAUUUUAGUGCACCGUUUUCUAUAUUUGAAUUUUGGCGGUUUGUCAGCGUUAUGACAUGCGAGCUUCCUGUCAUGAAAGUUUGGAAUAGGAACGUCUAGUAUUUUCGACCUGUUCUAAAUGGUUUCAUACUUUUUUAUUGUUGCAUAACGGUCAAUCUGCCAAAAUAUAGCACAGUAGAUAUAUGUAUUGAUAUUGGCUACUGUUUAAUAUACAAGGAACAUAGUAUUCAGCUAGCCUAGCACGAAUUCAAUCACGAUAUUGACGAUUAAGCGAAACGAUUCGCGCUGUUUUAUUCUAUUUAGUUCGUGCUAGGACUUCAAUCAAAUCAUUUGCAAUUUUAUUUAUUAUGUCGACGAUUUUUGUUUCGCAGUUGAAGUUCGAAAUUUGAAUUUUUAUGGACUGGCAGUUUAGGAAAUUUUUUUUUCGUCGCCAU